CUUUUGUUAUGGAAUUAUGAUACCUUUAAAUUCAGAUUUAUCGUUAUUAUCCCUCAGUAAUAAACUUUGUCUAAAUGAAAUCGAUAAUGAAAUGACUAUUCCAGUCGAUUGUCAAAAUGGUAUUUUAGCCACAACGGAAUGUUAUGAUCGUCUUUGUUGGCAAGGUCAGUUACAACUUGCACUACACAUUACAGACAAUUGUAUACGCAUACAAAUUGUUAGAGCUCGUUAUCUUCAAGUACCUGUGGAUGAAGGUUACACUAUGUUUGUAGAAGUUCGAAUAGCACCAAAGUACUCACCUAACACCAAUACUUACCAACUUCGAACUAAAUCUGUCCCCGAUUGUACUGCACCAGUAUUUAACGAAAAAUUCUCCUUUGAAAUUUCUCAUAUAUCUCAUAAUGACCGAUUAUAUAUUGAGUUAUACUUAAAUCAGUCCAAAUUUGGUUAUGAAAAUGCAAUUUUCCUUGGAGGUAUGUCAUUUAAUAUUCGAAGAUUAAAACAAAAAUCAUUGAAACUAUUAACUGAUUCAGAAGACAAUAACUCGAUGAAUUUGUUCAAAGAAUCAAUAUCACAAGAUUUAGAUUUACAAAAAGCCAAUUUAAAAUGUUACACAUCUGAACAUAUUUCAGUUAGUUUACCUUCAUUAGAAGUAAUUAGUCAAGAUUUUUCUAAAUCACAAUGGUAUUACUUAUUGGGACAAAAUUCUAGUUAUUGUCGUCAUAUGUCUGUAGGUACAAUACCACGUUUCUCUAAAUUGGAUACACAAGAGGAAAUCUCAUCUAUAGGAUCAUUUAAAUCGGGAUCAAAUUCAAUACCGUCUACAAUAACUAAUGUGAUGGUCAAAUCUGAAAGUUUCUCUACAUUAUCUUCUUUAAAUUUAAAUGAGAAUCGAAAUUUACCAUCAUUAACAGGAUUCACCAGAAAGAAGAUCACAAUUCCCAAAUCGGAAUCAGGUUACGGUUUUACCCUAACAUGUCAAAUGGUCAAAUUUGAUUUUCAACAAUUUGCUAGUACUCCCAUUACUUCGUCUAGUCAUAAAGAUUCAUCAAAUAUUGAGCAAUAUAAUUAUUUGCCUACUCACAGAUGCUUUCGUAUUCAUUCAGUACAAAAAGAUUCACCGGCUGAUCAAGUUGGACUACCUGUUGGAGCUUAUCUUUUAGGGAUUGGAAAUACUUUAUUGAAUUGUACAUUGACACUCAAAGAUGUUGUUGAGUGUAUGUCUAAAUCUGCAGAAAGUCAUCCAAAUAAAGCAUUAAUUUUAAAUAUUUGUUUGCCUGAUUCUAAUCGAGAAUUAAAAUCUUACAAUCUGUCAAAGCAAAUCUCAAAUGAAGAGUUAAACUCUUUAAGUUCAUCUGAUCUACAAACUCAAACGAAAAACAACACUACAUAUACAGGAAUCAACAACAAUCAUAAUGAUGAACACUUCUCCCAACAUAAUGAUUUUUCAUAUAAUUUACGUUCUGAUAAUUGUAUCAAUACUGUUACUACUACCAUAGCUAGGCACUCCAUAACAGAUUCCUGCAUUACAUCCAAUAUUAAUAAUUCAUGCCUUCCUCAAACAGUUACAACUACUUCUGGCUCAGUGAUGUUAUGCGAAGAAUGUUGUAUUGAUGAAAGUAUUUUACAUAAUGAUAAUGAAAAUAAUAAUAAGAAGAAUGGAAAUGGAAGUAUAACUCGACGUACACGUAUAUUAACUUUAGCACCACCCUUAUUAAAUCUUAAAUGGGAAGAUGUAUGCUUAGAUGAAGCCAAUAGACAAUGGGCAAUUGAAGCAUUAAUUAUUAAGUUGAUAAAUAUAUCGAAUAAUUUAACAUAUGGAAUUAAUGCUUAUCGUACUGGUUUACAAAAAAUUGCUAAUUUACAUCCAAAUGAUCUAAACUCAUUAUUUUAUAAUAUUGUUGAGAUCGCUUCUGAGACAUGUAAACUGAAACAAAAUCUACAAAAUGGUUGUCUUCCAUAUGCUGUGUCAAAUCAUACAUCAUCACCGCCAACAUCAAGUCCGUUUAUCAAAGCUGGUAUGUUAAAUAAUAAAAAUAAUUUGAAACCUACAUUAUCUUCGUCAGGUUCGUCACAAUCAGAGAGUUUUAAAAUAGAUUCAUAUACGAAACAUAAUAAUAAUAAUAAUAUCACUGGUGGAGGACGUGGCUUACAUAAACGAUUUUCGUUUCUGUUUAAACUACGCAAAAGUUCGGUUAAUGGACAACAACCAUCUCCAAUCGAUCGAGAAAACAACAAACCAGCUAAUGACCAUGAUACUACUGACUUUAGAGCAUCAAUUAUAUCAGAGAAUUUUACUAAUAGUUUCGUAAGCGAACCACCUAAUUAUCAAAAUACAGGACAAGGAAAUCAGAUGAAGGAAUCAUUACAUAAUUUAUCGUCUUGUCGACCGAUUUCUCCACAUUCAUCAUCAUCGAUAUCACCUAUACAUGGUCAUUUAGAUAAUCCUGGGACAAUUGUUGGAUUAACACUGAACAAUUUGUUGAAUCAAUGUGUAGAUUAUACAAAUGUUUAUCCAGAUCGUUUGAAAUAUUUUUAUGAAUUAAGAAAAGAAUAUCCACAUUUGAGAUUGUUUCUUAAGAACCAAGCUAUGGAACCAGGUGUCCCUAUCCUGUCAUUGUUUCUUACGCUACCAUCAGAGAUACCAAGAUGUUUAUUAAAUGGUUUGAAGAAUAUUGAAAAAUUUACAAGUGAUCAACAUAAAGAUCGACCAGCUUUGGAAAAAUGUAUAAAAGCUUUAUCAGAUGCAUUAACUUGUCAAUCAUAUUCACAUACACCCAAAGAUGAUAAAUUGACUGUCAAUAAUUUUGUUUUAAAUGAUAUGAGUCACUUAUCGAAUUCUCAAUCUGUCGAAAAUAGUUAUCAAUCAUUAUCAAAUACUUCAUCUACUUCAUGCAUUACUACUACUACUACUACUACCAAUAAUAAUACUAAUACUAAUAAUAAUGGUAAUAGUAAUAAUAAUAAUAGACCAACAGUAUCAACACUGUCAUAUGAAUGUGAAAAUUCUCCUGUAAAUCAUCAAGAAAAAUUCAAUGUUAAAGAAAACUUACAAUUAGCCAAAUUGAUGAAGUAUAUUUUACCACCUUUAUUCCCUUAUCCAAAUGAAUUAUUAACAUUUAAUCCAUCUGAAUGGUCAUCAAUUAAUCAUUAUAUUAUUUAUAAAAGUUAUCUCAUUUGUACAUUAUGCUCAAAACAAUAUCCAGAUUUAAUAGUAGAAGAUACAUCUUAUCGUGGUCCUGUUUUCGCGUAUUUAUUAAAUGAUGCCAUUCUGUUAGUUGUAUCUGAUAAAGAUGUUCUCGAUACUCGUCGACCAUCAUGUUUAGUCUACAAACCAAUAACUUUCAAUUCAAUCAGCUUUCAAGAUUAUGACAUAUCAGCUUUAUCAUUUUUAUUAAUACUUACAAAUGGAACAACAUUAAAAUUUGAUUGUUCUACAUUAGAAAUUAAACUUGUAUGGAAAACACUUAUUCAACAACAAAUCAUAAUCAAUAAUAAUGUGAGCAAUUAUUCUUAAAUAACUCAAAUGUAUUUUACCAAUAUAAAUAAAUUUUAUCAAUUGACCAAUUCAUGAAGUGACCAUCUCUUUGUUUGUUUGUUUAUUUUUUAUGCUUUGAAACUAUUCAAAAUGGUUUGAUCUUUUUUCUUUCUUUCUUCAUAGAAAUCUUCACUUAGUUAUAUUGAUAUUUUGUAAAAAAAUUUUAUCCUUAAUCCGAUAUGGUGACAAAAUAUUGACAAUUGAUGAUCAAUCUUGUUGUUGUUGUUGCUGCUGAUGAGGAUGAUGAUUAAAACAAUUUUUUAUUCCUUUGAAUUUCUUAUUUGGAACUUUCUUGAACGUAGUGUGUAUUCAACUUGAGAAAAAACAAAACAAAGAAGGAACAUUGUAAUUUUGAUGUGAUUCUAUUUUUGCUUUUAAAUUCCGUUUUAAUAGUACCAGUUGUAUUUUUUAAAAAAAAAUUCUAUCUCUAACAUACACUAACAAGUUAGUUGUUAGUGUAUGUGUAUUAUGUAAUCAGGAAUGUUAUAUUAUUAUGGUCAUUUAGUAGUAAUGUCAAUCUAUUUCAUUCCCCCCCCACCUUAGAAUUCUAUUUAAAUAAUUCAAAUAACAUGGUUUUCUGAUUUUAACCAUAAAGCAAACAAUUUUUAUGUAAUUUGUUUUUGGUGAACUUAGCGGUUUCUUAUUUAUUUUUAUAUAAAUUAAUCGUAUCAUGAUUUUAAAUAAUAAUUUAUUUGUAGGCCUUAUGAUAUUAUGGUAUCUUUGCUUCAAUACUGAAAGUCGCAUUCAUUAAGCUGAUCGUGUUUUUUUUGUUUUUGUGGGAAAUAUGAAUAAUUUCG